AUGGUGUCGCAGACCUACGUAAUCGGGACCGCGAAGCCGACCUUGUAUUCGGUGCUGUACAACACCCUCACGUUCUCGCGCCUCGAGGUCAUGCAGUUGACCUACCGGCUCUGCGCCGUCUACAUGACCUUCGGGGGCCUGGUGUCCAUGCCG